CAGUAGGCCAUGUCUGAAGCAUCGACGUUGCGAUUGAUGUGACAAAUUCCAAAACAAUAAAAAAAAUCUAAAUUCUCAGUGUUUAUUACCCACAAAUCAUGGAAUAUUCGUCGACGAAAAAUUUGAGUUCAGACACAUUCAACAACGCUCUGUCCUCGCCCAAUGAAUGGAACCGCAAAGAGGUUAAAAAACAACUUUCGGAGCGAGGUUAUCUGAUCGGGCAAUCCAUCGGCGAGGGUUCCUACUCGAAGGUGUACUACUCGGAAUACCGUAAAUCAGGCCAACAGCAGCAUUUCCCGGAACGGAGAGCAUGCAAAAUCAUCAAUCGAAACAAAAGUUCAAUGGAGUAUUCGCAGUUCCUUCCGAGGGAGAUCAAAACGAUGAUAGCGCUGUCCCAUCCGAAUAUCGUUUCGGUUUAUUCGGUGUUUGAAUUUGGUCCUUAUGUUUGCAUUUUCAUGGAUUAUUGCCGGUGCGGAGAUUUACUGCAGAGGAUCCAAAGCCAUGGGAAAUUGUCCGAGUCGAAAGCUAGACUACUCUUUCGGCAGUUGGCUUCCGCUGUUCAGCACAUGCAUUCGCGAGGAUUCUGCCAUCGGGACAUUAAGUGCGAAAACGUGUUGCUCUGCAGCCCAUCGCAUGUCAAGCUGUCUGACUUUACGUUUGCAAAGAAGUGUCCCUGCGAGGAAGCGUCGCAAAAGCUUAGCGCCACUUUCUGCGGCUCUGCGGCUUAUGCAGCCCCGGAGAUCCUCAAGGGCAUUCCCUAUCAUCCCAAAAGGUAUGACAUGUGGUCGUUAGGGUGCGUUCUGUUCAUAAUGGUUACCGGAACGAUGCCAUUCGACGAGCGCAAUAUUCCGGAAACGAUUGAGCGACAGGAACGGAAACAGUACUUCUACCCCGAUGGAGUGAAACCAAACCCGACAAUUAUCGAACUGAUUGACAGCCUAAUCGAACCGGAUGUGAACGCCAGGGCAAGCAUCGAUCAGGUCGUGGACUGUGCGUGGUUGCAGGAAGUGGAGUAGGGAAGGGGAUUGAUGGCUUUUAUCUGUGAUUGAAACGGAUUUUUUGACGAGAUGCCAGCGAUGGACGAAUCUGUCAUGAUUGAUUCGUAAAAUUGACGGACAAUAAAAUCAUCUUGCGAAACAA